AUGUGCGGGGGGAUGGCGGCGAAGGGGCCGGGCGGGCCGCGGUGGUGGCAGAACCGUCGGGCGCGGCUGCUGUGCAUGCUGGCGCUCACCUUCCUUUUCUUCGUGGUGGAGGUCGUGGUGAGUCGGGUCACGUCGUCGCUGGCCAUGCUGUCUGACUCUUUCCACAUGCUCUCAGAUGUCAUGGCCCUGGUUGUGGCACUGGUGGCCGUGCGCUUCGCCCAGCGCACCCGCGCCACCAAAAAGAACACCUUCGGGUGGGUGCGAGCUGAGGUGAUGGGCGCCCUCGUCAACGCCGUCUUCCUCACCGCCCUCUGUUUCACCAUCCUGCUGGAGGCCAUCGAACGCUUCACAGAGCCCCAUGAGAUCCAGCAGCCGCUCGUGGUCAUCGGCGUCGGAGUGGCAGGACUCAUCAUCAACCUUCUGGGGCUGUGCCUCUUCAACCACCACGGUGUCGGGGGCCAUGGCCAUUCCCACGGCCACGGGCACUCGCACAGCGGCAGGCAGCACCCCCGCAGCGGCUCUAAGCCCGAACAGCCACAUGGGGAUGGGGAGGCUUCGCUGCACCGAGAGGAGACCAGCACCUUGGUGGAGAACUGCAGCAGCUCCAACGGAGUCAGCCAGGAUAAGCUAGGUGACAUGAAAGAUGACAUGACUGAUCUACAAGUGAAUGGGAACGCUGGUCAUUAUCCUGUGGAUGUAGAGGAAGUUGAAGAAGACUCUAGUGCACAGCUUAACAUGCGUGGAGUUUUUCUACAUGUUUUUGGAGAUGCCUUAGGUUCAGUAAUUGUUGUAGUGAAUGCUUUGCUCUUUUAUGGGUUGUGGAAUCCAUGCCCCAAAGAUGGGCCCUGCCUUAAUCCAUGUAUCAAUAAUCAUUGUGUGGAAAAUGCUACUUUAUCCCAAACACUUGGCAGAGCAAACAGUUCUGAGCAAGAGAGCAUAACAGUGGCUGGGCCAUGCUGGUUGCUGUAUUUAGAUCCUGUCCUUUGUCUGAUCAUGGUUUGUAUACUCCUUUACACAACUUACCCAUUACUUAGGGAGUCAGCCCUUAUACUUCUACAGACUGUUCCCAAACAAAUAGAUGUGCAUUCUUUGAACUCAAAAUUACGUACGCUUGAAGGAGUUGAAGCAGUCCAUGAGUUACAUAUUUGGCAGCUAGCAGGCAGUAGGAUCAUUGGCACUGCUCAUAUAAAGUGUCCUGACCCUUCCACAUACAUGAUGGUGGCAAAGCGCAUAAAAGAGAUCUUUCACGAUGAAGGGAUUCAUGCAACUACCAUUCAGCCUGAGUUUGCCAGUGUUGGCUCUGAAUCGGGAAGAGGGAAAUGCGAGUUCCCUUGCAGGACACAGUGUGCUUUGAAGCAGUGUUGUGGAACGGGAGAAGAUAGUACUGCAAAGAAGACAGAAAAAUCUUCAUCAAUUAGUAUUUCUUGUUCAGAAGUUGUCACUGAUGUUCCGAAAACUAGGAGGACUAAGUCGGAGAGCAUCCCUUCAGUUAAGCUAGAGGCAAAUACCGAUCAAAACGAGCAGUUUGAAUCAUCUUUGUAACUCCCUGAACGGUGCUACCUGAGUUUUGGUGACUUUGACAACAGCUGUAUUGCAAGAGGAAGAGACAGACGUUUGAGAUGCAAUUUUGCCAAGUAGUGUAAUUGCUGAAGUCCUUGUUCUUGUCAUAUUGCUAAAUCUAGAAUGCUUGUUUUAAAGAACAUAAUGUCUCUGUCAUGAUACAGUGUGUUUGUGUUGACUGUGAGACAGACAGAAAGUACACCAAUGCUGUAACAACUUCAGAAAAACAGUUUCAGCGUUUCAGCAGACACUUUUUACCAUGCUUCAAAUGAAAAUACUUUAUUCCAGUGAAAAGGUGUUUGAAGGAUGUAGGAACGCGAUUUGUGUUACAGACUUCUUGGACCUAAUCUUUCCUUUAAUAUUUGAUUUGUAGAUAUUCUAAUAUAUUGUUUAUUUAGAAGCCCUGAGGAAACCAAAGUUCAUAGAAUGUUUUUAAAGCUGUAACUACUUAAAACUGGAAACCACUGCAGUUUCACAUA